GAAGGCGGAGACAGGCGAGCUGGAGAGAGGACUGACAGACCGCCUGGAGGGAGGUGAGGGGGGCGGCGAACUGAAUAAUUGAAGAGCUGUUCAGCAGCAGCGGCUGCCUCCUGCCUUCCUUUGCCACCACCACCCCGCAUCACAGUGGGAGAGACAGACUCUGGCGCUGUAAGUGGAGACGGCUAGCCACCAGUCCCUGCAGCCAGUUAAUCGCCUCCAGCCCUCCGACAUUCAUGCCCAGGAGAAGGCUGCUUUGGGUCCCUUUGGACCUUUCCUAAAAAAGGAGAUCCCUAUUCACUAGAUGAGUUCCAGAAGCAUCCACUAAAGCUCCCAUAGAACCUCUUCCAUCAGUUGACCUUCACCGUAACCCCUAUCACGCAGGAUGAGUGGCUUUCUUGCCUCCCUGGACCCCCGGCGGGUGCAGUGGGGGGCCGCCUGGUAUGCCAUGCACUCCAGGAUCUUGCGCACCAAACCAGUGGAGUCCAUGCUGGAGGGAACUGGGACCACCACAGCCCAUGGCACCAAGCUAGCUCAGGUGCUCACCACCAUGGACCUCAUCUCACUUGGCGUUGGCAGCUGUGUGGGCACAGGGAUGUACGUGGUGUCUGGUCUGGUGGCCAAGGAAAUGGCAGGACCUGGUGUCAUUGUGUCCUUCAUCAUUGCAGCCGUUGCAUCCAUAUUAUCAGGUGUCUGCUACGCAGAGUUCGGAGUCCGCGUCCCCAAGACCACGGGGUCAGCCUACACCUACAGCUACGUCACUGUCGGGGAAUUUGUGGCGUUUUUCAUUGGCUGGAACCUGAUCCUGGAGUACCUGAUUGGCACUGCAGCUGGUGCCAGCGCUCUGAGCAGCAUGUUCGACUCCUUAGCAAACCACACCAUCAGCCACUGGAUGGUGGACAGCGUGGGAACCCUCAAUGGCCUGGGGAAAGGUGAAGAAUCAUACCCUGACCUUCUGGCUCUAGUAAUUGCCAUCAUCGUCACCAUUAUUGUUGCGCUGGGGGUAAAGAAUUCCGUGGGCUUCAACAACAUCCUCAACGUGCUGAACCUGGCAGUAUGGGUGUUCAUCAUGAUCGCAGGCCUCUUCUUCAUCAAUGGGAAAUACUGGGCUGAGGGCCAGUUUUUGCCCCAUGGCUGGUCAGGGGUGCUGCAAGGAGCAGCCACGUGUUUCUAUGCUUUCAUUGGCUUUGACAUCAUUGCCACCACUGGAGAGGAAGCCAAGAAUCCAAACACGUCCAUCCCUUAUGCUAUCACCGCCUCCCUGGUCAUCUGCCUGACAGCAUAUGUAUCUGUGAGCAUGAUCUUAACUCUGAUGGUGCCAUACAGUGCCAUUGACACAGAAUCCCCGCUCAUGGAGAUGUUUGUGGCUCAUGGGUUCUAUGCUGCAAAAUUCAUAGUGGCCAUUGGGUCGGUUGCAGGACUGACGGUCAGCUUGCUGGGCUCCCUCUUCCCAAUGCCAAGGGUCAUUUAUGCCAUGGCUGGUGAUGGGCUCCUUUUCAGGUUCCUGGCUCAUGUGAGCUCCUACACAGAGACACCAGUGGUGGCCUGCAUUGUGUCGGGGUUCCUGGCAGCUCUCCUCUCGCUAUUAGUCAGCCUGAGAGACCUAAUAGAGAUGAUGUCCAUCGGCACACUCCUUGCCUACACCUUGGUUUCUGUCUGCGUCUUGCUCCUUCGAUACCAACCGGAGAGUGACAUUGAUGGUUUUGUCAAGUUCUUGUCCCAGGAGCACACAAAGAAGAAGGAGGGCAUCCUGGCUGACUGUGAGAAGGAAGUUUGUUCUCCUGUGAGUGAAGGGGAAGAGUUUUCUGGCCCAGCCACCAACACAUGUGGCGCCAAAAACCUACCAUCUCUGGGAGACAACGAGAUGCUUAUAGGCAAAUCAGACAAGUCAACCUACAACGUGAACCAUCCCAACUAUGGCACUGUGGACAUGACCACAGGCAUAGAAGCCGAUGAAUCUGAAAACAUUUAUCUCAUCAAGUUAAAGAAGCUGAUUGGGCCCCGUUACUACACCAUGAGGAUCCGGCUGGGCCUUCCAGGCAAAAUGGACCGGCCCACAGCAGCUACAGGGCACACGGUGACCAUCUGCGUGCUCCUGCUCUUCAUCCUCAUGUUCAUCUUCUGCUCCUUCAUCAUCUUUGGUUCCGACUACAUCUCAGAGCAGAGCUGGUGGGCCAUCCUUCUGGUUGUUCUGAUGGUGCUGCUGAUCAGCGCCCUGGUGUUCGUGAUCCUGCAGCAGCCAGAGAACCCCAAAAAGCUGCCCUAUAUGGCCCCCUGCCUUCCCUUCGUGCCUGCCUUUGCCAUGCUGGUGAACAUUUAUCUCAUGCUAAAGCUCUCCACCAUCACAUGGAUCCGGUUUGCAGUCUGGUGCUUUGUGGGUAUGCUCAUUUAUUUCGGGUACGGCAUCUGGAACAGCACCCUGGAAAUCAGCGCUCGAGAAGAAGCCCUGCACCAAAGCACGUACCAGCGCUACGACGUGGAUGACCCUUUCUCGGUGGAGGAGGGUUUCUCCUACGCCACCGAAGGCGAGAGCCAGGAGAACUGGGGCGGGCCCACCGAGGACAAAGGCUUCUAUUACCAGCAGAUGUCAGAUGCUAAGGCCAACACCCGGACAAGUAGCAAAGCGAAGAGCAAAAGCAAACACAAACAGAACUCAGAGGCCCUGAUCGCAAAUGAUGAGUUAGAUUACUCUCCCGAGUAGGAGUAAACACACAAAUGUGGCGAUUUCUUUUCAGUCACUUAACCUGUGGGCUAGAGGGUGAAAACAUUUUUGGCUCUCAUUUCAAAAGUCCAGCCUUCCCCCACAGUCAGUCCCCAGUCAUAGCCUGUCAUUUGCUACUUUUGUUCUUCAGGAUAGUUCUGUCGAAGGGUUUCACCUGGGUUUCAUCACUGAUCCCCUUGUAAAAAAAAUAAAUAAAUAAAUGAACCAGA